UACAUCCCUACCCCUAAGCUAAAUUGCCGCUUCCGCCAUUCUUCCUUCUACCACCAGUGUCACUCUCCGGUGACUGACCGUCGGAACCCUAAACUUAAAACCGCCACACGUGGCAACACACCGUAUAGUCACGUCAUUUCCUUCAAACUCACGAUUCAGAAGAAUUCGAUUCCGUAUUGAAAUGGGAAACGGAAUGCAAUUCCCGUAAUCCAAACAACCAUUUUUCUAAUCAUAAAUACCAAAAAAAAGUUACAUAUACAGUAGAAUAGAAUGAGAAUUAUCCGCUUCCGUAAAUACUUUAUGUUAAAUUAAAUGUAUGAAGGGGGCAAGUUGUUGUAAUAAUCCUAUAAGCAUAAGAAUAGCAUCAUCAUCAGUAACAGCCACUUCGAAUACUUUCUCUUCCAAUUUUGAAUUCCAAAAAUGGCUAUUUAAGUCGAAGAUGCGAAUUCCGAAGCGUUCAGUUUCUCUUUGUCUCUCUGUGUUCUCUCCUCCUCACCACCUCAUUUCAUCUCUUUCCAGAAGCUUCCAUUUCCAUUCCGGAAUUCCUUGUUCUAAAAGUUCCGACUAUUUCCCGGAAAGUGGGAAACCAGUUCGUCGUAAAGGGAUUGAUCAGUUACAUACAAGUUGUACAAUGGAUGGUGCUAGUGUAGAUAACAGGACGACGCUGAUUGAGAAGAGAAAUGGUGCCAAUGGUGGUCAACAAUCCUGCAUAUGGUCAUCUCCCGAAGGAGGGUGUGAAAUUGACAUAGGAAAGCAGAUAUUCUGCAACAGGUCUUUAAACAUGAAAAGUAUAGUUGCGGUUGGCUUUGACAUGGAUUACACCCUGGCUCAAUACAAACCUGAGACUUUUGAAUCUCUUGCAUAUGAAGGCACCGUCAGAAAGCUAGUCUACGAUUUAGGAUACCCUCCAGAGCUGUUGGAAUGGUCAUUUGAUUGGAGCUAUAUGGUCAGAGGUUUGGUUCUUGAUAAAAAGAGGGGGAAUAUAUUAAAGAUGGACCGACACAAAUAUGUGAAAGUUGCUUACCAUGGAUUUAGGGAGAUGUCCAAAGAAGAUAAAGUUGCUACUUAUGGCAAUACCUUGCUUCGGGAUUCAUUUGAUGAACCUGAUUAUGCACUUAUUGAUACCCUUUUCUCUCUGGCUGAAGCCUACUUAUUUGCUCAGUUGGUGGACUUCAAGGACAAAAAUCCAGGAAAAGUUCCUGAAAAUGCAGACUACUCUCGCAUGUACAAGGAUGUUAGAGCAGCAGUUGAUUUGUGCCACCGUGAUGGGACUUUGAAGCAGAUGGUUGCAAAAGAUCCAAAAAGAUAUAUCAAUAACGNGGGGGGAUAUUUGUGCAGCUUGUGGGACUAUACAAACAUUGUUAUGAACUUUCUCUGUGGGCCUUCACCUUCAGAUGGAUCGUCUACUUCCCGUUAUGAUUGGCUUCGGUACUUUGAUGUAGUCAUCACUGGCAGUGCAAAACCAGGUUUUUUCCAUGAUGAAAACCGUGCAAAUCUUUUUGAGGUUGAGCCUGAGAGUGGCAUGCUUAUUAACACUGAUAAUGGGACUCCUAUGGCACAGGUGGGAAGCACUUCUAUAAGAUUGCCUUUAAAGAGCUUGAAGAAAGGUUGCAGAAUUUACCAGGGAGGAAAUGUUGGCCAUUUGCAUAAAUUACUCUCAAUUGAGUCAAGCUCACAGGUUCUUUAUGUUGGAGAUCACAUUUACGGUGAUAUCUUACGCAGCAAAAAAGUUUUGGGUUGGAGAACAAUGCUUGUUGUUCCAGAGCUUGAGAGAGAGGUUGAACUUCUCUGGGAACUAAGGGACACUCGGAAGCAACUUCAGUUACUAAGGAGUCAGCGUGAUCACAUUGAAGAUGAAAUACACCAUCUUAAGUGGUCUCUCAAGUCUGAAGAUACUGAUGAUAUCAGCAAGGAGAAGAUGUUGUCCGAGCUUGACAAGCUGAAGUCUCAAAGCGAGGAGGUCAGGCUCAGUCAUCAGCAGGCACAACGAGAAUGUCACCAAAAGUUCCACAUGGUCUGGGGACAACUCAUGAAGACUGGCUAUCAGAAUUCUCGCUUCGCACAUCAGGUGGAGAGGUUCGCGUGCCUUUAUACCAGUCAAGUGACAAACCUGAGCCUGUAUUCCCCAGAUAAGUAUUAUAGGCCGAGCGAGGAUUUUAUGCCCCAUGAAUUUGACAUCCUCUCUAUUUGAAGAAAUCAUAUCAGCCAGGAGACGCAGGCAGUGCAUUUUGAAGAAGAGCUUUGCUCAUUCUAACUUUUAGGUGCAUCCACAUCUUUUAUAUAUUGAGUUCUUAGGUCAUCUGGGAACGUAGAAAGGCUUUAUGUUUUGUGGUUAAAUAACUCAAAUGUGUAUCAUAUUUGUUUUGUGUUAUCUCAUUUAUGCACUUGCCUGAUUCUGGAUUUGCA